ACCUGCUGUGCUUUUCCAGCGCCACAUUUUUUGACUGACUCUCCAGCGUCUGCAGUCCUCACUUUGAUGUCAAUGUCUGACAGUCACUCAAUCCAUCGGGACCGCAACGAUUUUUGACUGUGAUUUCUGAGAGAGGGACCAACGCUUUUUGGUUCCUGUUUGAGGACGUUUUCAGCAUCAGUGGGACUGGACGAGAGCCCCCACUAUUGCAGCGCACUGUGUGUGGAGCCUGAAACAGUUAUACGGCCUGGAAAGGGGAUUUCAUGGCACGGAGGGGCUCUACACGUGUUUGUGUGCAGCUGAAGCUGUGGCCAUGGAGAAACCUGAGGAAUCCCGCCCCGUAGAGGAACCGUGGAAGUGUGGCGACUGUGGGAAAGGCUUCCACGUCCCGUCUGCCCUGGAGACAUAUCGGCGCAGUCACACCGGCGAGAGGCCAUUCCCUUGCACCGACUGCGGGAAAGCCUUCAGACAUUCCUCCCACCUGUUGGCCCACCAGCGGGUCCACACGGGGGAGAGGCCCUUCAGUUGCCCUGAAUGCGGGAAGGCCUUCAGCGAUUCCUCCACCCUGCGGAGUCACCGCCAUGUCCACACGGGGGAGAUGCCGUUCACCUGCUCUCAGUGUGGGAAGGGCUUCACCUGCUCCUCCAAUCUGCGGAGCCACCAGCGUAUCCCCACGGGGGAGAGGCCCUUCAGCUGCCCCAAGUGCGGGAAGGCAUUCAGCAAUUCCUGCGCCCUGUUGAGGCACCAGCAUGUCCACACCGGGGAGGGGCCGUUCACCUGCUCUCGGUGUGGGAAGGGCUUCACCUGCUCCUCCACCCUGCAGAGCCACCAGCGGAUCCACACAGGGGAGAGACCCUUCAGCUGCUCUCAGUGCUGGAAGGCCUUUACCCACGUCUCCUCCCUUAUGACCCACCAGCGUAUCCACACG